CCUACGAUCAAGUUUGGUCAAGUUAUCUGCAGGCCGUUGGCCUGGCUGAGGGUGUCGUCGCCAUGGCCCUGUUUCUGGUGGGUAGUUCUCGCAUGCUCUCCAAUCAUGCCCGGCUCGACGUGACCCAACAACCUGUGACAAGUCGUCAUCAUGGCCUCGUCGAUGCUCACCGAGCUCCCAAUUCUCUACUUCUUCUCCUGCGCCCUUUGCGCAUCCUCCACCUUCCUCAUUCCAUCCGCCUUUCCAGAUCCACAACUUCAAUGACGACGACCAACGUAUCCUUGGACGUUGUCUCGCUCGUAGAUUGAACUAGUUGACAUGUCAGACCUUGAUCCCGUCCGCACUGUGUUGGCCGUGUUUCCUCAAGUCACCGAGGCUGCCGAGAAGUACAAGAUUGCAGAGCCUGAUCGUGAGUCUCGCGGACUGGCGCGGGGCAUUGCCAACGAAAGAACACUGUUCGAUCAGACCGCACAGCGGAUUCUGCUCUUCUCUCCAUCGUCGGCCUCCUCCUCCCACGGCGACAACGCCUGGUUGCCAUGCCUGGAGAACGAGCUCGGCGGAGAAACUGCCGCCCAGGUGCUUCACGAUCUUCAAACUCUGACUGAACGGCUUCAAGUUCUCAAAACCGAGCUUGUCAGUGCCGGUCGAGCAAAGGGGGUACUGAGCAAGAUCAGAGGGAAGGCUUCAGGGUCGGCCAGAGGGCCCCUCAAAAAUGCUAGGACACGGCUCCAGAAACGGCUGGAUAUCGUUUCCGACACAAACGAACUUUUGGCUUCUCGACUGUCAUUCGGUCACACUCUACUCUCACGUGCGUCCCAACUGCCAAACGCAACCGUUGUUAUAGACGUCCUCAACGGUGUCUCACGCAGUGCGUUAGUGGCUUUUGAUACACUCAAGAGAGACUUCACAUGUCACUGCUAUGACCCUCACAUCAUUUAUCUCGAAUGCCCAGGGAUCGCUGAGGGUCUCUCGUCGGGACAAGCGAUGAAGGCGAACCAUGCCCGGCCGCUCAAAUUCUUUGUCCAGCCCAGCACAGAGUCACCGAACCAGGACUCGGCAUGCUCAUUCAACUCCCUGGCUUCCGAGCAGGACAUCGCGUCAAUCUCGCCCUUGCAAGACUGGAUCCAUCUGCAGGGUGCCGACCUGGACUGGAAACACCGCAUCGAGCUGGCUUUGCAACUCAGCCUUGCCGUCGUUCACCUGUCACCAACCCCUUGGAUCGAUGACUCGUGGACCUGGGAUAGCUGGGCCAUCGCUGCCGAUCCAAUGACCUCGCAUGAGCCGUUUUUUGGGAGGCCGCUCCUCUUUCGUCAUCGGUUCGGCUCUUCCACUGCACCAAUUAAUACUCGACCGCUGUCGUCGACAGUAUGGUCCAUCCUGUCCCGAGGGCCUGCCCUCGGUAGGCUCGGGCUCUGCCUGUUGGAGCUGGCGUUUGGCCAUAGUAUUUCCGAGAUACGGCGCGAUGGCGCUGGCAAGGACCACUUUGACCUCCGAACUGGCUGUGACGACGAGCUCGACGUCGAUGUUCUUGAUUUCGUCGCGGCCAAACAGCUUCUGGUCUCCCAGACGAUCCGGCAUAAGUUCGGGGAGCCGUUCGAAGAUGCAGUUAGGGCAUGUAUUCACCAGCAAUUCAGGGUUGGGAAGAGCGGCGACAUUGUUGAGCUGGACCGACGAGACCCUUUGUUCCUACAGAAGGCGACGAUCUCGAUCAUCUCGCCUCUUUGGUUGCAGCUGGACAGAUAUAUACGAGCCGAACACCGUGACACCGUCCCUAUCAAGAAAUCCCUCGCCAAGGUUACUGUCGAAGGGUUUUUGGUUCGCAAGGAGGACCUUAAGCUAGCCAAUCGCCAAGAUGUCGUUGAUUCGUUAACACAGGGAAUCCUCGCCCAGGAUAUGAGCAAACUCCUUCCAGAAAAGCCCGAGUUAUUGGUAGGACACGCAUCCUCCUACUCAAGAGUUGACGGAAACAGUAGGGCAGUUGCUCAUCAAGAUUCCCGCCACCACGAGCCUACCUUGCCCGAAGGAAGGCCUGCCGAGCCGUGCUCUGCGACGGGUGACUCCUCGAACUCACUGCCAAGCCCAGUUCGUUCCACUGCGGCGGGACAUGCACAGGACAGAGAGCGGAGCCGUGCAGCCGGACCAUACAGUGAACGCCAUGGUCUACGCCUGCCGUCCCUUAGUAACGAGUCCCUAGAGGACUCGGAAUGGGCCUACGACUCAGCGACGGGGACGACGGAAUCCGCACAGACAUGGGUGGCGGAUACCCUGGACGAACCGCCAGAGGAUUCGGGCCAUCCGGUUCUGAAUAGCAUCAAGCAUCUUGUUCUGCGUGUGACCCUCCACAAUUUUCAUGCCUGGAACGAGCGGAGCCCCGGGGCGGCCCGUGGAACUGCAGGAGUCACUAUCCCGCGCGAGAGCGGGCAGCCGAAGAAACGAGGCAGAGACCAGCCCGGUCGAGGCGUGGGGCAGGAUAAGAAUGGCGACGACGCCGAUGGCGACGAGAUCGAAAAUGCUGGGGUCCGGAAACGGCAACGACCCGACGAGGCCAACAUGACUCUGGCUUGUCCGUUCUAUAAAAAGGACCGCCGGCUCAACGGGAGCUGUUGUGGGAAGAGGCUGAGCCGGAUCCGUGACGUUAAGCAGCACUUGAAGAGGAGGCACUACAUGCCCAUCUACUGUCCCAUCUGCUACAAGAACUUCUUGGACGAGACGAAGAGGGACAACCACACAAAUGAGAUGGCUUGCGAAAGGGGAACUCAUCCACGUCCCGUUGGCAUCAGCCAGAAACAGCAAGGUGAGCUCAGCAAGAGGGCACCGAGGCAUCAUACAGAGGAAGAACAGUGGUACGGCAUCUUCGACAUCCUCUUCCCGGACCACCCCCGGCCGAACUCAGCCUACAUUGACUCCAGCCUCAUGGCGAGCGCCAUGGCGUACCAGGAGUUUGUGACGGCCCGCGGACUCGACAUCCUCCAACAAGUCCUGACAGCCAGCGGCGCCAUCAGCUGGAACGUCCCUACCGGCCAGGAUCUUGAGACUUUUCAACGGCAGAUCCUUGGCGAGGGUCUGGCGGCCAUCUCUGACGGGUGGGCGCGCGAGGGGGCUAUUUCACCACAAGCGGUCGCAGAAGUGACUCACUCUGCCGAGGGCGAUCCGCUCGGCGUGACGAGCUCCGGCAGCAUAUCGCAGCAUCACGGCUCUGCGAUGGACGCAGAUGCGGCCAGCUCGAGUUCUGCCCUCCAAGCCAGCAGCCUCUCGUCCAUUGCGGGCUCCGCGGAGUAUGCGCACAGUUAUCACGAGCCUUGUUGGCCGUAUGAGAGUCAUCAGCACGAAAAUUUGUUUCACGAUUGGGAUGUCGCGAAUAUCUUGGGAGAAGAGGGCGUAAGGGAGAUACAGGGGGUUGUUUCCAGGGCUGCUCUUCCGGAUCAUUCUCUUGAAUGGCAGCAUGAGGGGCAUUCAGGACACUACAGGAACAGGUAGAUGUCACGAUGAAGAUAUCGGAGUAAAAACUUGCCAUUUCCCGCCAUUUCCGCCUGGAUCGACAACAAGCAUGGCACGCGUCAGUAUAGUGGCCGUACCGCAUACGGGAGCGACAUGGACAACGGAGAGCCACGCUAGCCAGAUCUUGGACGUCGUACCCAUCUUCAAGUUUCUGUGUCGAGCCUGUGCUGAAGCAAGACCACACAGUCACAAGCUUUGGGCCAGAAUGAACAAGACUUGGCAGUUUCGACCGAGAACUUCUCCAAUUCAAGCUUGUAACAUUUGCGGUUUCUCCAACCCUGCGCUUGGGCACGAAUACCACAGCAGAAUCACACGCAGCUGUCAACGCGAACUUGGUACACAACCGCCCUUUUCACAAAAUCAGAGGGAUAGGAAUGGUCCUGCCAGGCGACCCAGCAAUUACUUCCGGCAUCCCAGGACCACGAUAAUCGCUGUGAGGUGGGAAAUUCAAGUGGCCAGGGUUGAGGUCCUUGAAGGGCUGGCUGUCUUCUAGAAAAAGAACUUGUCUGGAUCAUCGUCAAACUGGGAUUUUUGGUCUACGGAGAAACGAGGAACGGGGCGAGGAUUCGAAUGAAAUGCAAUGUGCUAUGAUACGGAAUCUUUUUCGUGUUGUAGGGUUGUUCCCCGUUGGUCUACACGCCACCAGACUUCUGGAAUAGAACAAACCUCACCCGAAGACUGCAAUAGUUGAAAUAACUAUAUGGUCGAUGAAAGACAUAAGUUCCUGGCAAGGGCCUCGCUAAGAUCAUAGAGGUUUGCUUCCGUGGCUGUGGACAUUCCGGACUGGGUGGGGCCGGAACCGGGACCGGGCACCGCACGGUAUCUAAUGUCAGCGUUCGUCCCGGUAGCUCAAACUCGCAGCCUGCCAAUGUCAAGUCCUCAACAAAGCUUGUAUCAACAACUUCGGCAAACUGAUAAACAACAACCAACGGUGUAUUGAUGAUUGAGGGAGGGUCGCCUCUCGUGAUGGUGGGCGUAUGGACGAGUUCAGUUGGGCUUUGUUUAUGGCCUGCUGUACUUUUCUCUUUCACAAGAGUUCAUCAUUAC